AUGAACAGGUCAUUUUAUAGUAAAAAUAACCCUGAUUCUAAAGAUAAAAAGGAUCUAGUUUAAUAGAUUAAUAACACUUAACCUGAAAGGCAAAAGAAGCUAUAAUAAAAUGAAAAAAUUAUUUUAAGCAAUUUACCAAAAGUUACUGAUAACUCUAAAUAGUAGAUUACUUCUGAUGCUUUGAUAAAUAUUUAAAAUAAUAAGCUUUCUGAAGGUAAUAAAAGUGAAGCAAUAUCUCCUGGGCUCUCAUUGAAUUAUUAAAAUAGAUAAGGAGAAAGAAUAGGUUAAAAUGUUUAAGCUAGAGUAGAUUAAAUGAAGAUAGAACUUUAAAAUUAAUAAAAAAGAGAAGAGUAUUCAGACGAAAAUAAUUAUGAUGAUAAAAAAUAUUCUCCAUAAAAUUCAAUUGAAGCCCUUAAUUCAUAAAAAAAGACAACAUCUCCUUUGAAGCAAUCACCUGAGAAAUCACCUAACAGGCAAGAAUAUUUUCGUUAUGAUGGUUCUGGUGGUAGUUCAUCUGAAUCUUAGAGAGAUGAUUUUGUGCUCAAAAAGAAACUUUAGAUUUUAGAAAAUAAUGCUAAGUUUUUUGAAUCAUAGGCAAAUCCUCUAUUUAAAGAGAAUCAGUAGCUUAAAGAUUAAAUGAUAUAGCUUAAUGAAAUUAUUAAAGUUAAAACAAUGGACUUUGCUUUAUUGGUCAGAAGCGAAGAUGAAAAGGGUCAAAGUAGAGAUAUGAUUAAAAAAAUAGGGGAUUUAGAGGCAAUUUAUAAAGUAAUUAAAGAUGAUAUUAAUUUUUAUAUUAGAGAAGUUGAAUAGCUUAGCAGAGAUAAUUAGUAACUAAAGUAUGAUCAUGAAAAGCUUUAAGGAGAUUAUAAGGAACAAGAAAGAAAAAAUUAAAAGGAUAAUGAAAUGUUAAAAGUAAGCUAUUCAAACCUUAUCAGUGGUUUAGAAAGUAAAGUAGCAGACUUAAGAAUACAAAUUGAAAAUUUAGAAAGGGAAUUAGUUUAAGAAAGAAGAGACAAAGAGAGAAUAAGGAAAGAAAAGGACACAGAAAUACAUUAGUUAAAAAUCACAAUAGAAAAUUUAAGAAGCGAAGUUAAGCAGCUAGAUGAUGAAAGUACUAAAAAAAUUAAAGAGCUUAAUUAGAUGAUCACUUAAAACUUAGAAAAUUUUGAAAAAGAAAAAAAAGAACUCAUUCAAAAAUAUGAAGAAUAGCUUAGCAAAUAAAAAGCUAAUUAUGAAAACUAAAUCAAUAAACUUACUUAAAAUAAUACAAGUCACGUGAAUUCUCUCUUAAGUGAAUUAGAACAAAAAAAUAUAUUAAUAUAAAGUUUGUAAUCUGAAAUAUCUUAGCUAUAAGGUAAUUCAACUUAAGAAAUUCAACAACUGAUUCAUAAACUUGCAACAACAAAUGCAGACUUAGACAAAUAAAAAAAUGAAAAUUCAGCACUAAGAAGUGAUAUUCAUUUGACCAAAAAAAGAAACGAAGAGCUUUUAAGAGAAAAAUAAUAAAUAAACGAAGAGUUAGAAAGAUUAAGAAGAAAUUACAAGUUUUUAGAGGAAGAGUUUAGGGAUUAUAGAGAAAAGGCAACAGUUGAAAUAGAUGAUCUCAAAAGAUAAAUCACAUAGCUAGAGAAUGAAAUAAAAAGAAGAGACAAUGAGUGGAGGUAAAAGUUUACAGAUGAGGUAGAUAUUCAUUCAAAAAAUUCCAGAAAAUAAUUUGAUGAAAUGAAAGAUAAAUACGAGUUAGAAAUAAGAAAGCUUAAGGAGUAACUUGAAGGUAACUACAAUCAAAUGGAAUAAGAAAAAUUAGAAAUAAUCAGGUAACUGAACAAAAAAAUAGCAGAACUAGAAGAUGAAAACUAGAAAUUAAAAUUAAAACUUAAGAGUAUAAAUACUGAAUGGGAAAUGAAGUUUAAAGAUAUGGAAAAUUCUCUUAAAAAAAGGAUUAAUAGCCUCGAAGCUGAAAUGUAGUUUUCAUAGCAGUAAAAUGACUCUAAACUAAGGAGAUAAUUAGAAGAAUUAGAAGAACUUAGGUAAAGGCAGUUGAAAGAGUUAGAAUUUAAAAAAAAUGUAGAACUUGAUGAAUUAGAAAGAUUAAAAGAUGAAAAAUAUAGAAAAUUAGAAUUAUAAUUUAUAGAAAUGAAAAACUAAUUAACUAAUCAGCUUAGUGAUUUAGAGAGUGAAAGAUUAAAAAGGAUAAAUUAACUUGAAUAAGAGCUCAAAAAUAUAAGAAAGGAAUUAGAGGAAAGGAGAAAGAAAGAACUUUAAGAUUAGAAAAAUUAUUAUGAAGAAUAAAUAAAGAGAUUGAAAGCAUCUUUAGAAGGUUAAACCAAAGAAGCUGUUUAAACUCUCGAAUCUCAUUACUAGAGAGAAAUGGAUAAAGUCAAAGAUUAGUAUGAAGAAAAAAUAAGGAAGAUUAACAGAGAUUAUGAAAGCAAAAUUAAUUAAAUAACUUUCGAAUAUGAAAACAAAUUAAAAGAACUUAGAACUAAUUUAGAUAAAGAAAGGCGAAAUUAUGAUUAACUGAAAGAAGAGUUCUAAAAGUCAAAAGAAAAGUAUGAAAAUGAGAUCAAAGAUUUAAAGCAAUUAAAAGAAUAAAAUGAAAAAACGAUCCAUGAUUUAUAAUAAAAAAUAAAUAAAUUAGAAGAAGAGCUCAGAUUAUUAAAAAUAGAAUUUACCAAAUACAAAAAAGACCAUGAAAGUGAUUUUGAAAAGCUAAAAUAGGAAUACAUUGUUAGAGAGAAAUAAUUAUAAUAAAAAAUGGAAGAUGAAUUGAAUAAAGAACUAGAAAAUCACUUAAAAUUUAUUGAAAAGAUGAAAAAAGAAUAUGAAAAUUUAAUACAUGCUCAUAAAAAUAGAGUUGAAGAGUUAAACAUUGAAUUAAGGGAUCUAGAACGUUUGUUUGCUGAAAGGCCCUCCAGACCAGACGAUAUUAAGUAAAUUAAGCUACUUUUGAAGGAAUUAGAAUUAACAAAGAAGAAAUUAGCUGAAACUGAUAUUAAAAUUUUGCAUGCUAACGAAAUUGUCAAAUAUCUACAAUUAGAAUUAGAGAAUUAUAAAAAUAUUUAUGAAAUAUUUGGUCCAAAUAAAAGGCUUCCACCUGAAAUUGAAUAAGGAAUUAUUAAUGGAACUCUCCCUGAAGUCGAAAUAAGCUCUCCUGUUAAAUAAAAUAUUACUACAAGAUAAUCUUAAAUGAAUAAUAAUUAAAUAUAUUAGAAGAAAAGAAAUAAGUCUAUGAAUGGAAUAGAUACUACAGCAUAUUUGAUUGGAGAUUUAGUUGAAUAAUAGCAACAAUAAGAAAAAUUAAAUAGAACCUCCAAUUUAAAUACCUCAAAAAAUUACAAUUCAGCAUCUAUUUAAAACUAAGCAAGCUAGAACAAUAACUCAAAUACAACUGGCGUGUAUGUUAACUAAGAUCACUUAAUUUAAAAUGUUGAGAAAUUUUUAGAUAAUUUAAACGAUCCUUUAUCUACUAAAAACCUUUCACCUCCUAGAAAAACCAAUUAAAUUAGUGAGUAGAAUUUACAAAAUCCAAUAUCAAUGUCUUCCUCGAAAAAAUAAAGUUCUAUAGUUAGGUAAAGAUCAAGAAGGCCUUCUUCAUCUAGCGGAAAUUAUCAAAAUGCAGAUUCUUCUGUAAAAUAAAUUUAAAAUGCAAUAUAGCAGACUAAUAAUUUCAAUGAUAUCAUAAAAAUGAAAACUUAAAAUACAAGAGAAUCUUCUUAUACUAAAUUACCUACAAUAGAGAAAUAUCCCAACAAUACUUUUUAUACAAAUCCAAAUAUGAGCAACUAAACAAAUAAUCCAAUAUUUAAACCGAUACAUAUUGACGAUUUAAUUAAUAAUAAAAAAAAUAUAAAUUGA